ACAAGAAAAAAAAAAAAGGCCUCUCAUGGGCAUAUGGAUGGAUGUACGUAAAGAAAAGUCGGAGUGGUUGAGUGAAUAAUAAUAAUGCCUGAGGGAUGAUGGCCCGAUGGACCGAAAGGGGGAGGAUGCAUGCUCAUCAUUAUCCUGUCAAGACAAACGUCAUGCAAGGAGGUAUACUCUGUACUCGAUGUAUGACUUUGUCAACACGUCCACAUAUCCAACGGAUAUAAGACUAAGUAUCCUGAUCUUAGAACAAGCAGGAGUCGGUAGCUGAAGCAGCAAGCUGUGGGAAUAAAUUGUGAUCUAUAAUGGAAGAAAGCUGGGAGGGUUAAAAGCUCUCCUGCCUCUCCGCAUGCCCGAACAGCUAGCUUCGUGCUCGGUAAGGCUUGAGGUUAGCUACCUGCUUGUCCAGGGAAGGUCUAAGCAUAUCAACCCCAUCACGCCAGCCGCCAUGAUCUGAUCCCAUCCACUCCUAAGUAACUGGGCUUAUAUUUUAUUUCCGUUCAGGGGUAUUGCGGUUGAGGCCGGGUAAAAGGAGUGGGUUCACCUCGCCAGCCAAACCAGUUCGUUAACUCGCCCAUUUGUUCCUUACCGUGUUCUAGAAAGGAAGCCUAAAGGUAAAGGGGAAAAAAAAAGAGGUAAAAUAAAACUUCCACCCUUUUCCGCUGCUGGACUGGCAUGUAACUGGCUGGGCGAGUGAGCCUUGGGGAUGUCCAGAGUAUAAAAGUAAGUAAGAGUGAAGGUCGGUCACCUAGGCAGCGGGAAGACCUUCGUUGAAACUAAAAUGUCGGUCCCAUCCCGUCCACCCAUAACGGAGGUGUGUAUUAUUUGAACUGUUUUGUCAGUGUUAGUUACCGCGUACCGUAUAACUUCUGCGAGAUGGAGAUGGAGAUGGAGAUGGAGAUGGAGAUGGAGAUGGAGAUGGAGAUGGAGAUGGAGAUGGAGAUGGAGAUGGGGAUGGGGAUGGAGAUAUGGGGGAGCCAGCCUGGGGUGGUUAUUGGAUGGCUGCAUCGCUGGUUACCUGGCUAUGUCGGACUCGUUAUGCCCUUGCUUUCUCUGCUGUUGUUGAGCCCAAGCUGCAGCAGCUGCAGCGCUCCACGUCUCCGCAAACAGACAUCCCUUCUGGCGGUGGAUGGAGUCGCGAGGAGAGUGGUUGAACCAGUCACCGUUAUGACCUUUAAGCAGCUGCAAUGGCUAUCCACACUGGAGUAG